AUCGAAUUUGGUGCCCCUUUUCCGUUACUUUUAUCAGCUAUCAAUUUUAUAUUUCAUCUAUCAAAACUCUGAAACCUCGAUCAACAAUUCAAUUCAUCAAUAUAUCAAUCCCCCAACAAGUAUUAUUCUUCAUAAUACACAAUCAAUCAAUGGCAUUACGCAAACGAACCUUGCUCAAAGUCCUCGUUCUAGGUGACAGUAGGGUUGGAAAAACUGCCGUGAUAAAUCAAUAUGUGCACAAGAAAUUUGAAAAGGAAUAUAAAGGUACAAUCGGUGCCGAUUUCUUCACAAAAGAAUUGAAGAUUGGUGACCAACCCGUGACUCUACAAAUAUGGGACACUGCUGGGAGGGAGCGAUUUCAAAGUCGUGGUGUUUCAUUUUAUAGAGGGUCUGACUGCUGUGUACUUAUCUACGAUAUUAAUCACAUGAAAUCAUUUGAUGCACUUAAGAACUGGCACGCGGAGUUUGUAGAAAAGGGAACCCCUGAUGAUUCUACGACUCCUCCAAUUAUACUACUUGGAAACAAAGUAGAUGUUGAUGGCGGGAGCAGUCGAGUGGUUUCUGAUGAGAAAGCAAGGGCGUGGUGUGCUUCGAGAGGGAACAUUCCUUACUUCGAGACAUCCGCAAAAAUGGACUUCAAUCUUGAUGCUGCAUUCCUAUCUAUUGCCAUGUCUGUUUUAGCCAAAGAGCGUGACGACGUAUACUCUCAACCAUUUCCAGAGCCUGCUGCCCCAGUUAAUAUACAGAGGGUUGGAUGUGCAUCCAGCUGGUGUGCAUUUCUCUCUAAUGCAUUGGCAAAAAUUCUUCGCAUUCUUUCUCGAAGGAGAACAUGAAUUCUUGAUGCUGCCAUUGUAAUCCUGUUUGACUUGUGGUCCAUCUUCAGAAUGUAUCAUUGGAAGGAAACUAUUGUCGAAUUGCUUUUGUUGUCAGGUGAAUAAUUGUUGGGAAAAAAACUCAAGACAUCUAUUUAUCGAUAAAAGUGGAUAGAUCGACACGUUAGUGCCGGUCUAAACACUAGUGCUUAUUUUAAAUUGAUAACAAGGAUAUGAAAUACUCAUGUUAUGAACAAUUGUGAUAGAUAGAAGAUGGACGACAUGAAAGUUAUGUAAAAUGCAUCUUAGAAAUAAUGAAAUAAUA